AGUUACAACCUUCCUUCUCUUUCUGCUAAACUCCGGCGCAUUGAAAUACCGCCGGCAAUUACUAAGUAAAGGUCUGAUCAGAUCCCGGAGAUCGAUCCGAGUAGGAAAAUGGAUACUGGCGAAGCUAAGCGAACGCGAAUCCCGUUCAAGGAAAGGCGUGAAUGGGCCGAUGUGAAGCCCGUUCCACAAGACGACGGGCCCAGCCCGGUGGUUCCAAUAGCCUACACUGAAGACUUCUCGGAAACCAUGGACUAUUUCCGGGCAAUACACUUAGCCGACGAGCGGUCUCCACGCGCCCUUCGGCUUACUGCUGAAGCUAUUCAGCUAAACCCUGGAAAUUACACUGUAUGGCAAUUCAGGCGAGUUGUGCUGGAGGCAUUGGGUGUUGAUUUACAUGAAGAAUUGAAGUUUGUUGAUCGCAUUGCUGGGGAGAACACAAAAAAUUAUCAAAUAUGGCAUCAUAGGCGAUGGCUUGCUGAGAAGCUGGGAGCUGAUGCCGUGACAAAUGAGCUAGAAUUCACCAAGAAAAUAUUUUCUCAGGAUGCAAAAAAUUAUCAUGCUUGGUCCCAUCGGCAGUGGGUCCUUCAAGCUCUUGGCGGAUGGGAAAAUGAGCUUGCCUAUUGUCAACAACUCCUCGAAAAUGAUAUUUACAACAAUUCUGCUUGGAAUCAGAGAUACUUUGUUGUGAUACGAUCACCUCUAUUAGGGGGCCUAGCGGCAAUGAGGGAAUUGGAAGUGAAUUACACAGUUCAAGCCCUCAGAGCUAGCCCGGAGAAUGAAAGUCCUUGGAGGUAUCUUCGCGGUCUUUACAAGAAUGAUACACAAUCUCUAGUUGAGGAUUCUCAAGUAGCAUCAGUGCUUUUGGAUAUUUUAACCUCCAAAAAUAAUCAUGUGCAUGCUCUGAGCUUGCUGUUGGAUCUUCUCAGUCAAGGUUUUGAACCAAGCGAAGAAUUAAAAAGUGCAGUAGAAGUUCUUACUCCACAGUCAUGCUCACCGGAUUUACCCUUGGCGAAGAGAAUUUGUUCCAUCUUGGAACAUGCUGAUCCAAUGAGAACAAACUAUUGGAAUUGGCGCAAAAGCACUGUUCCUGUUCAAUCAGCUAAAUGCCAGAAUACAGAUAGGUUGGCUGAUUUAAGUAUGCAAGAUAACUUGUAAGAAUAUUGCAAUGACGUUGUACGAAUAUACAGAUCGCCAUUAUCUAAAUUCACUGAAGAAGUCACGUCGGACACAUCUGCUGGGAAAUAACUGAAUGACUCGAAGUACUGGAAAAACUGUUCCCCAGGAAUUUCUUAUUGCCAGCUUUGUGUUCCUGCCUUAAGUUUUGGCCCUGGUUUAUUCCUCAAGUUUGGAUGCAUAGCUUAUUUAUGGUGUGGCUGACUUCCAAUAUUCCAGAGGAAGGCUGGUAGCAUGUGCAAUUCUAGCAACUUUUAUUUUGAGUUAGUUUAAAAGUUUUGUAGUUCUACUUUAAUGAAGGAUAUAUUACAGUGGGGUUAUAUUUUGUAGUUUUACUUUAAUGAAGGAUAUAUUACAGUGGGGUUAUAGUUAUACUCAGACUUUGGAUUUCAUUUUUGUAAUUUAUCAAACGGAAGAAAAUGUGACAA